AUGAUCUUCACCGCAGAGCAGGUGGCCUGUGUGUGCGAGGUCCUUCUGCAGAGCAGUUGCAUGGAUCGUCUCGCCGGCUUCCUCCGUAGUCUUCCUCCUCCUUCCCUCUCCUCCUCUCCUCACCCUGGGGAGCUGGAGAGCGUGCUGAAGGCCAAAGCAGCAGUGGCCUUUCACCAGGGCCGCUUCGCUGACCUCUACACCCUGCUGGAGGGCUUCCCCUUCUCCCACCGCAGCCACCCUCUCCUGCAGCAGCUCUGGCUCAGAGCCCACUACAUGGAGGCGGAGAGGCAGAGGGGCCGACCCCUGGGAGCUGUGGGGAAGUAUCGCGUGAGGAGGAAGUUUCCUCUACCACACACCAUCUGGGAUGGAGAGGAGACCAGUUACUGUUUCAAGGAAAAAUCACGGAGUAUACUGCGUGAGUGGUACCGCCAUAAACCUUAUCCCUCCACCCGGGAGAAGCAGGAGCUGGCAGCGUCCACCGGCCUGACAACCACACAGGUCAGCAACUGGUUCAAGAACCGCAGGCAGAGGGACCGAAACAUGGACGUUAACCGUUUCCAAACGUCACACUCUAGAGGACCCUCAGGAAACGUCUACCCUUCCUCUGACAAUGACUUUUCACCUCCAGCAAGCCCACGUCCCCUUCACCACUGCCCUCCACCUCCACCUCCACCUCCACCCCUCUCUCACCCACCACCUCCUCUACAUCACAUGUGUGAAGGCCUCAACUGAAUCUGCCCUUCAAAUGUUUGAUGUGUAAUUUCUAAUACAUGGUUGUUUCUUUUUUUAUUAAAUUUUUUAAAACAGUUUUUCUUGAAUGUUAUUCUAGUCUAUUUUUUGUGUCAGUGAAAAAAAAAAAUACUUUGCAAGUCAAGUAUGUUGCCAAAACAUGACUCAGCAGACAUUGCUCUUUAAUGUGUUACAGCAGGGGUGAACAGGGGCCAGAUAAGAUAAUGUGAAAACACCUGGGGGCCACCUGCUCACAUUAUAUGGGUUAUGUUAUAAAAAAAAAAAAAAAAUAAAUAAAAAUAAA